AAUAUCAUAAUUUGCUGGAUAACUAGCACGUGUUUACCAGGUCUUGCGCUACGCAUCUUCCAACCGUGCCAUCGUCCGCGCCAUGCAGCAGACUUCGGUGCCACUUUCUUAGGAGGAGCGCCAACGAAGCGUCCAGCGCUGAUUGUAGGGGAAGUGGGGGAGCAAGGCGCAGUUAGGUAUGGUGCUGGUCCUUCCCGCCAGCGGGCCCUUGUCGGGCCCCACCCGCACCGCCCGCGGGGAGCUGGACACGGGGGCCCUGCUCCGGGCCAUUCUCGCUGACCCAGCCAUCCAGAGAGCCAAUGAAGACUUCCUGAAUAAGCUCGUACGGGAAGCGCCCGUGCCCGCGACAUGCCGCUCGGCGUGCGCCAUGAUGGGUGAGGAGGCGCUGGUGGACUUCAGCUUGAGCCAGUGGCACGUGGGUAGCGCGGACGCCACCACGUGUCUAAUCCUGGCGGUGGUUUGCCCCGUCACACGCAAGGCCUGGGCUGCCCACUACAAUAGCUCGCUGGUGCGCCGCGACGCCAGCAUCGCCGCCCUGCUUCCGACCGCCAUGCGGCAGCCGCACGCCUACCUGGUGGGCUCCUUCGCCGAGGCCAGCGGCGAGAGCGCGGCCACGCUGGCAGGCGCGCUGGCGCUGCUGCACGACAGCCCGCUGGCCUUCCGGCUGAGGCUGGCGUGCGUUGAUGCAGCCAACACGGACCCCGCGACCGGCGGGCCGCGGGCCAUCAAUCUGGUGCUGCGCUGCGCGCCGCCCACGGCGAGCGCGGAUGCCGCGGGCGGCUCUGGAGCUGGGAGGCAUGAGGGCGCGACGGAGGCGGUGGAAGAGGCGGCGGGGCAGGCGGCGGCGGCAUGGGAGGCUCUUGCAGCGCUGCCGGGCGUGGGCGAGCCCAGCCCGACCGGGUUUGAGGACCGCGGGCCGGAGAUGUCGUGGCGGCUGGUGCGCGGCAGCGUGGAGGUGCGGGAUGGCGCCGGCAGCGGCAGCGGCAGCGGCAGCGGCGAUGACAGCGAUGCGGACGAGGCGGACGGGGAAAACGAAGGGGAAGAAAACACGGAGCGUGGACACAGCCGCGACAGGGGUGCAGGCAGCAGCACGGCGCCGCGGCGGGGCUCGCUGUGUCCAAUCGUGGAGACAGCGACCGGGCGGCUGCGGAUCCCCGGCCACCGGGUGCGGCGGCUGGCGGGGCAGCACCUGCUCUACUACAGCCGCUUGCUGUCGCUACCGGACCGGCUGUUCCUGCAGUACGGCUCCACUAGCCCCGACCACGAGCCGCCGCACUUUGUGGACGACUUCCGGAAGGCUUACGCCUGGAUGCUGCAGCUGGCGCGUGCCGGCGUCGGGCAGCUGGAGGAUGCCGUGUUCGAGUGGGCGCCACCGGCAGCGCUGGAGGCGGAGGCAGGAGAUGCGGCAGGCGAGGGGGAACGAAUGGGGGCAGGAGGAGGGUCAGGGCACGGGGUGGAGACGCUACAAGGCGGAGCCGAGCUGGAAGCGCAGGAAGAGGGGCAGGAGGUGGGGCAGGGAAGCAAGGUGGCGGCGGAGCAGGGCUUGAGUGGCUGGCGGAGGGUGCGGGGCGGUGAGGGCACACGCAUACGGAUAGAAGGCGUUGCGGCAGGCGUUGUUGCAUGAGCCUAUCUAUUUGGUCUGUCAGCGUCUCGCAACCACGUCGCGUUGCUUACGUGCCUCUUUUGUCAUAAAUCUGUACCUGUAUGGCUGUCGCGCAACACUAUGGGCAUAGUCACGCAACGCGGCGAGCUGGCUGGCCGCCACCUCCAAAUAAGUGUGACGAGCAUGCCCCGGCUUGGGCGACGACCCUCAAGUCGAUCUAAGAUCUACGAGGCCACGCCAGAUUUUUGCAUGUGCUCGAAGUCCCGCUAAAUCGGCAAAUGUAGUGCAGUGGCAGUAGCCUUGCGCUGUUGCCGCGAGAGACGCAACGCUGCGCAGGCAGUUGGAGGAGGCGGGACAUUGGGUGUGCCUGCGGCUUGGCAAGCGGCUGAAUCGCUGCGGGCACCAGCCCGCUCACAGACAGCGCCAACAAGGGCAUGCUGCAGGAGUGCAGGAGGAGCUGGGGCAACUGACGCGGCAGCAGGUGCCCUCCUACGUCCUGGCGAUCAACCGCGGGGGCUUCCACCCGAAGCAUGGCAGUGGGGCCAUGGGCGGCAUGGCUGGGUACACACUGGGCUGGCUGGACACGAGGACAAUGCAUGUGGCGUGGCGGCGGUGUCUGGGGGCGCUGGCGGCGUGCCUGCCGCGGCUCAGCGAGGUCAUGGUGUACGUGAGUAGCCGCGUGUCGGCGGCCGCGUUGGGUCAGCAGCUGCGCAGCCUGCCUGCCGCGCUGCCGGGCCUGACAAAGCUGGAGCUGUGCUUCAUCCUGCCCUCCUCUGCACCCUGCCUGGGCGCCUUGCUGGCGUAGCUGCAGCCAGACCUGUCCGCCCUCACUGGGCUGCAGACGCUAUACCUGAUUCAGGUGGGUGCGGCGCAGAGAGGCACGCUCGUUGGCCCGCCUUGUGACGGCCUGGGUGGAUGCGUGUGGUUCUGCUGACGUGUUCAGCACCGCACGAUGUACGCAUAACAUAACAUGACAUGACACGCGUGUUGCCGCUACGCUGCACUGAUGUAGCUGCGUAGCCCGCGCCUCACCGCAAUGCCCGUGCCUGCUCCUUCCGACAAUCAACUCUGUCAAGGACCAAGAUGGCCAGCCCCAUGGCGUCUGCUGCCCCACGGUGUCUGCUGCCCCACGGGGUCAGCGGCCAUGGCACGCAGGUGGACCGGAAGGCGCGGUUUGGCGGACAGCGCCGGACAUACUCAAGUUGACAUGUGGGUGACAUUGGUAAGCAGCAUUUGCUGCGUGUUGAUUGAGGGCUCGCGCCCAGCAUGCAGGCAUGCACCCAUGCACUUGGGUGAGAUGGGCCGCCCUGUUUGUGCAGGGAGCCCUGACGGCACCGCCAAGGACAGGCUCGGGAGAACUUCCGGCAGGCGCGCGGGAGGUAAUGCGGUCACGGGUCACAGGUCUCAGUGU